AUGGAGGCGAACGAGGAGCAGUGCGAGCUCACCCUCCACUCAUCGCCGUCGUCGGUGCGGGAGCCCCCCGGCUUGUUCCUCUGCGUCUACUGCGGCCGCAACUUCUACAACUCGCAGGCGUUCGGUGGCCACCAGAACGCGCACAAGGAAGAGCGCCGCCUGGCCAGGCGCCGGCGGGAAAUGGCCACCACCAGGCGCGUGCAUGCGGCGUCGCCGUUGUCGCCAGCGCCUUCUUCGCAUGAGGCGGCGACGGCAAGGCUCAGCGCUGAGGACCACGCGACUGGUCUGUUUGCUGCGGCUAAGAAGGCGAGGAUGGAGAUCCAGCUGGAGCGCGGCAGGAGCUUCCCGGAAUACGAUGAUGCGCGCACUGGCGACGGGCUGGAUUUGUCUCUCCGGCUGUGA